GAUUAACGAAGCUCGUUUUCCAUUUCUACUUUUCGCACUUUGCCGAAAACAUUUUCUCAGUUUUGGUGGCGAUCCCAGAGGUGAUCCUUUGUAUUGGACAUAAACUUUGAGAAUAUGGCUGAACAAACCAGGAACGAUGGCUUGAUUUUCUGUGUCAACGGGAAAAAGAUAAUGGAGGAGAACCCAGACCCCGAGACUAUGCUGCUGUCUUAUCUGAGGAAGAAAUUUNNNNUUACAGGCACUAAGUAUGGCUGUGGUGGAGGAGGAUGUGGAGCCUGUACCGUCAUGGUGUCCAGAUACGACCCUCAGACCAAGAGCAUCAAUCAUUCAUCGGUCAAUGUCUGUCUGCUUCCUGUGUGCCAACUUCACGGAGCAGCUGUGAUGACCGUUGAAGGCAUCGGAAGCACCAACACCAAAUUACACCCAGUCCAGGUAACAGAUUCAAGUGAAAACUGUUGCCAAUUAAAUGGCUCAGCCUGCAAUAUGGCAAAUGGAAAUGAAAACGGUCAGCCAGAACUGUUCAGUAAAGAUGACCUGCUUCCCCUUGACCCAACCCAGGAUCUGAUCUUCCCUCCUGAGCUUAUGAGAUUGGCAGAGGUCAAGGACCAAACCACUUGGUUUUGUGGGGAGAGAAUGACCUGAAUCAGCCCUGGAUCUAUAGAUGAGCUGCUCCAGCUGAAGGCGGAUUACCCACAGGCACCUCUUGUCAUGGGCAACACCAACAUAGGUCUAGAUAUGAAGUGCAAGUGUAUUUUUCAUCUUGUCAUAAUAUCACCAACACGAGUGCCAGAACUGUUAAAGGUUACCCAGAAAUCAGAGGGUGUGUGUGUCGGAGCGGGAUGCAGUAUGUCGGUUCUGAAGAGUGUGUUGGAGAGAAGUAUAAAAGAUUUCCCACCAGAGAACACGCACAUGUUUCAGGCUCUGCUGCAGCAGAUAAACCUUGUGGGCGGACAACAGAUCCGAAAUGUGGCUACACUGGGCGGCAAUAUUGCAAGUGCAUAUCCAAACUCCGACCUGACCCCUGUCUUAGCUGCUGGAAGAUGCACUCUAGUGGCACUUUCUAAAGAGGGAAGAAGGAGGGUGCCUAUCGAUAAAGAUUUUUUCCUCGGAUUUGCAAAGACAAUUCUAAAGCCAGACGAGAUAGUGUUGUCCAUUUUCAUUCCAGCUACAAGACAGAACGAGAUCGUGUAUUCCUUCCGACAUGCCCCACGUAAGGAGAACGCACUAGCUAUGGUGAAUGCUGGGAUGCGUGUUUGGUUCAGCCAGUGCUCAAAUGUAGUGAAGGAGAUCAGUAUUUAUUACGGAGGAGUGGGAGCCACUAUCCUCAGUGCUGACAGCACGUGCCAACAGAUUGUAGGAAGUCAUAUUGACUUUAGUGAAGCUCUGAAGCUGCCCGGUGUGAUGGAUGUGAUCACUGCUAAAGACAUACCAGGCAAAAGGUUCAGAACCUUCACAGGAUAUGAAGAAGAACUGCUGGCUCAAGAUGAGGUGACCUGUGUUGGUCAGAUGGUUUGCGCUGUUGUCGCAGAUUCCAAAGCACACGCUAAACGUGGGGCGGCGGCGGUGAAGAUCAACUAUGAAGAUCUGCAGGAUCGCAUCUUCACUGUGGAGGAGGCCAUUGAGAAAGAGUCUUUCUUCCUACCUAGGAGAACAAUUCAGCGAGGAGAUGUGGAAAAGGGUUUGAGAGAGGCUGAACAAGUGUAUGAAGGAGAGAUUCGGAUUGGAGGACAGGAGCAUUUCUACUUGGAAACACAGAGUUUUCUGGUCAUUCCAGUUGGGGAAGAGAAGGAGAUGAAAGUUUAUUUGUCCACUCAGCACCCAGCGUUUACACCGGAGUAAGUAGCUGAGAUGCUGGCAAUCCCAUCCAGUCGCGUUUCUUGUCACGUUAAGCGACUGGGUGGAGCCUUCGGAGGCAAGGUCACCAAAACCGCCAUUUUGGCCUCCAUCACUGCUGUCGCUGCUUGUAAGACUGGACGGCCAGUGCGAUGUGUUUUGGAGAGAGGAGAGGACAUGCUAAUAACCAGAGGACGCCACCCGGUGUGGGGAAAAUAUAAGGUUGGAUACAUGAAUGAUGGAACAAUUCUGGCUGCUGUUAUCACAUACUACAGUAAUGGAGGAUGCACUCUAGAUGAAUCCUCUUUUAUAAAUGAAGAUCAUGGAGAAAGCUCUCCUUCACAUGGAUGUGGACUGGUGUGCAAGACCUACUUACCAUCAUAUACAGCCUUCCGUGCCUAUGGUGGACCUCAAGGGUUGACCAUCAUUGAGAGUGUGCUACAUGAGGUGGCCGCCAGGUGUGGCUUACCUGCACAUCAGGUGAGAGACAUCAACAUGUACAAGGACGAGAAAUGCUACACCCACCACAAGCAGCUCUUUUCUCCUUAUGACAUGGUACAGUGCUGGAACGAGUGUCUCGAGAAAUCUGACUACACCCAUCGAUGCCUGUCCAUCAAGCAGUUUAAUGCCCACAACCACUGGAAGAAGAGAGGGAUCUCCAUUGUCCCACUGAAGUUUGGAAUUGGAUUCUCCAAAGGUUUCUAUAACCAGGGAGCAGCAUUGGUAAACAUCUACAAAGAUGGAUCAGUUCCGAUCUCACAUGGAGGAACCGAGAUGGGUCAAGUUAUCAACACCAAAGCCAUACAGAUUGCAAGUCGCAUUCUGAAGGUUACAAUGUCUUCGAUCCAUAUCAAGGAGACCUGCACAGGAAACGUGCCCAAUGCUGCACCAUCUGCUGCAUCCUUUGGCACGGAUGCUGUCGGGAUGGCAGUCAAGAAUGGUUGUGAGAAACUGAUGAGACGUCUGGAGCCACUCAUUAAGAAACAUCCCAAUUCACCUGGCAACAACUGGUUAGUUGUGAAAGCAUAUUGCCAGAAGAUCAGUUUGUCAGCAACAGGUUUCUUUAUGGGCCCCCAUACCAGUGUUGACUGGGAAAAGAGUGACGGCAACUCGUACUACUACUUUACUUUCGGGGCCUGUUGCUCAGAGGUGGAAAUUGACUGCUUGACAGGAGAUCACAAGAACAUUAGAACUGACAUUGUGAUGGAUGUUGGUCGGAGCAUAAACCCUGCUCUGGAUGUUGGACAGGUGGAGGGAGGUUUUGUCCAGGGAAUUGGGCUCUAUACUAUAGAGGAGUUGCAGUUUUCUCCUGAGGGUGUGUUGUUGACCAGGGGUCCCUCUCAGUAUAAAAUCCCAGCUCUGUGUGACAUCCCUCCUCAGCUGAACGUCCACCUGCUGAGGAACGCAGACAAUCCUCACGCCAUCUACUCCUCAAAGGGGAUCGGGGAGCCUACUGUGUUUUUCGGCUGCACUUUGUUCUUUGCCAUUAAAGAAGCGAUUGCAGCCACGCGGAGAGAGAGAGGCCUGAGCAAAGGUUUUCCUUUCUCUUCUCCUGCUACUGCAGAAAAGAUACAUAUGGCCUGUGAAGACUGCUUUACCAGGAUGAAUCCACCAGACAGGAAAGUAAAAACCAAACCCUGGGCCAUCAACGUGUGA